GUCAAAAUUAUGCAAGUUAGAAAUGAGCGCAAGAUAACAUCGGGUCAUUAAUAACAAUAAAAUAAAAUGAUCUGGAGGGCCGGAUCCGGCCCCCAGUCCUUGACUUUGGCACGUGCUCUAAACCCUUUGGCCUGACUCAGACCUGGACAUCUGACUCAGGUCUGAAUCCCGCAGCUGACCCCCCCACCCCCUCCAUCGUUCUGAUUCAAAUGAGGCCGCUCCAUCAAGGCUACAUGUUAAUGACAGGAACAUCAUGAGGAUGCUGACGUCAACCACAACCUUCAGCACACAAACCGGACCGCACACCAGAACCCAGACCCUGCCUCAGCGGGACAUAUAAAGAAAGGUGGGUUCAGAAAUCCGUCCACUCUAACUUCAGAAACAGCUGAGAGCAGACCAGCGAAAAGAAUCUCCACAACACCAGAACCACAUCAGAACUUCAGCUAUGGAACAGCUCCAGCUGCUGCAGGUCCUGCUGCUGUGCCUGCUGGCCCUGCAGCGCGGCGCCACCGCGCCCCUGAGCACCCAGUGCGUGGAGGAGUCCUUCUGCACCUUCAGCCUGCAGGACGUCUACGGACAGCUGGUCAACCUGCCCAGCCACGUGAACGAGCGCAGCAUCGCCACCUGGAGCUACGUGGAGAACAUAGACCUGAACCGCGUCCCUCAGGUGAUCCACGAGGCCAGCUGCCACAGCAGCCACUCCUGCCGGGGUCUGGACAGCAGCUUCGGCCUGGAGACCGUCCCGGUGUCCCUGAGGAUGCCGGUGCUGAAGAAGAACCCCGCCUGCUUCUCCUCUACCGGCUACUCGGUGGACUACGAGCUCAUCACAGUGGCGUGUUUGUGCGUCAUCUCCAGGCACAACUAAGUGGGUCCGGUCCGGAGCUGCAGAUCCAUAACACACCUGUUCUGAUCCGCUCAAAUGUUUUCAGUUUCUGUAUCAACCAAUAAAGACAACACCUUCA